AUGCUACCCUGUCUUCGUCACUCUCUCUUCUCUCUCCCUCUCUCCCCUCUGCCGUCCCUCGUGCAUGCAGCAGCGCUUCUCGCCUUUGUGCUGCCGUCCCUCGCUCUCGCCAGCAGCACGGGGGAAGCUCACUUCGCCGCGCAGUUGCUGAGCGCCCGUGGAAUGAGAGGCACUAUAAGCAUAUCCGUUUCAAGGUCCAUAUCGCGAGGCACGGCCCCGGCCUACACCAUCCGCUUCGGUGCCGCCGUUGCUGGCGCCCACUCCCCCCCAAGCAACCUCCUCCUCUCGCUGCCACGUGGCGCGCCGCCAUUGGUCCUGUGCGGGAAAGUCUCUGCUGGGUCUACUGGUUCUGCCGGUGCUGCUGGGUGCCAGUGGGUGGCAACGACGCCGUCCGUGUGGGAGGUGACAGGGGAGAGGAGAAUGAAAGGAGUGGAUUUUCGGCAGGGGAGGGCGCUGGAAGAAAUACUGAGGGGAGAUGAGGAGGAGAAUGAGGAGGGGAAUGAGGAGGAUAUGACCAUUAGGAUGGGGAGUGGGGAGGAUAUCACUGUAAGGAUGGGGAAUGAGGGGCAUGGUGAUCUGGUGGGAGCGCUACGGAGAAGCCGCGAGUACAGUCACGACAUCAUCAUUCCGCGCUACCCCCCACAGGACCCGCGCCUGGAAGUGCGGCUGGAGGGGGAGAUGGGUGAGAUGGGGGAGGCGGGGGAGGGACUCGCAGCGGGCAUGCGCGGAGGGGCGUUUAUGCUGGGGGCGUUCAAGGACGGCCACGUGGUGUUGAAUUAUGACAUCCGCGUUAUCGGCCCCGUGCAAAAACCUUCCGCCAUCAAUCUCCUCGUUGAUUACCCCGACCCGACCUCGUUACAAGUCGCCGUGCUACAGUGUGACUCGUGGGCGGAGGUGAAACCGCAGAUGUGGCGGGCGCAAUGCAGCAGCAGGUGGAGCAGCAGCUGCAGUGAGAGCAGCGGCAGCAGUGCUGGCUCUUCUUCGCAAGGGCGUGUUCAAAACAUGUCUGAGGGCGUGUUCAAUAGGUUCGCUUGCUUCGCCGUGGACGGUGAGAGGUCUCCCAAUGUGGCCGUGCUGUCAGUGGCAGUCGGUGCAAUUGGCCAGGCAGGUGUGGCAGGCAUUGAAGGUGGCUCGCUCGUGGGAGGCAUAGCCUGGAGGGGACUUUUGAGGCGCCUCAAAAGCCAGGCAGGUGUGGGAGGCAUUGAAGCUGGCUCGCUCGUGGGAGGCAUAAUCUGGAGGGCGCCACUUGGGGAUUUGGAGCAGGGUGAGCAGCAGGGGGAGCAGCAGGGGGAGCAGCAGGGGGAGCGGCAGGGGGAGCAGCAGGGGGAGCGGCAGGGGGAGCAGCAGGGGGAGCAGCAGGGGGAGCAGCAGGGGGAGCAGCAGGGGGAGCAGCAGGGUGAGCAGCAGGGGGAGCAGCAGGGGGAGCAGCAGGGUGAGCAGCAGGGGGAGCAGCAGGGGGAGCAGCAGGGUGAGCAGCAGGGGGAGCCGAGUGGAAGUGGAGGUGCUACAACCGUGGCUGCUUCUUCUCUCAUAGUCUCUGCUGAGAGUGCUGAGAGUGCUGAGGCUGGUAAGGGUGCUGAUGCUUCCGGGGGUGCUGAGUCAGCGACUGCGACCAAGAACAGUUUCGCUGUGAAAGAUCAUGUUGCGGGUACUGCUGUUGAGUCGUGCUGA